AAACAUAAAUUGCCACUCCAAAAGCAGAGGUCAGUCUGUCUGCUUUCUCCAUACAUAAUGAAAGGAUAACGGUUCAAUUGUGAGGACAGGACUUCCCAUCCUGCCUGCCUGAAAUAAAAAGUCCAGUCCAAGAAAUUAUGGCUUUAUCUAUACAAAUUUGCUGUAUAUACCCGGUAGCUUCACCAUCUGGGUUAUCCAGGCUCUCAGUUUCUCAAUAUCAGAGACACCCAUGUCUGAAAAAUUCGUCUACUUUUCACAGGAAGAGUCCAAUCUGUGAAGCAGCUUUCACUGUGAACAAGAGUAGCACUAAAACUAACUGGGGAUUCCAUUUGCCCUUCAUCAGAAACUGUCAGCAGCUAGAAGGCACACAAUUCGAUCCGCUUGGUAUUAAUGAGGAGGCAAAUAGCAAUUUACAAAGUUUUUGGGAAGAUUUUAUGAUGAUUUUUAGUCCAUCAAGAGAAUACAGUCUAAGUCUCAAGCAAGAUAAAACGUCGUCGACCAGGGGAGCAGCAGCGGCCAUUGAAGACAGUUCUAUUGAUGUAAGUGACUUUUUUAAGGGUCCACUUCCUGGAAAGUUCCUGAAGCUUCUUGGGUAUCUUGCCCUGUCCCGAAUUGGGACGUACAUUCCUUUAGGUGGAGUUAACAGGGCAGCCUUUGCAGGUAACUUGGAUCAGAACAGCUUCUUGAGCACUCUGGAUUCAUUUUCAGGGGGUAGCAUUGGCCGUGUCGGUAUAUGCUCUCUUGGUAUCGUUCCAUUCAUCAAUGCACAGAUUGUAUUUCAGCUUCUUGGUCAGAUUAUUCCUAAAUUGCAGGAACUUCAAAAAAAAGAGGGGGAAGCUGGAAGGAAGAAGGUCCUUCAGUGGACUCGCUAUGCAUCUGUUGGUUUUGCAAUUGUUCAAGCAGUAGGACAAGUACUAUACAUUCGCCCUUAUGUCAAUGAUUUCAGCACAGAAUGGGUACUUUCAUCAGUUACCUUGUUGACUUUGGGUGCAAUUAUUACUACGUAUAUAGGGGAGAAGAUAACUGAGCUGAAGCUUGGAAAUGGAACAUCUCUCUUGAUUUUUACAAGCAUUUUGUCAUAUUUUCCAGCAUCAAUUGGAAGAACAGUGGCACAGGCUCUCCAGGAUGGGAACUAUCUUGGUUUGAUUGCUAUUAUUCUCUCCUUCUUCUUGCUGGUUCUGGGUAUUGUUUAUGUUCAGGAAGCUGAAAGAAAACUUCCAAUCAAUUAUGCAUCAAGGUAUAAUCUUAGAAGUGGAGGGCUUCAAAAUACAGCAUAUCUUCCUUUCAAGGUGAAUAGUGCAGGAGUUAUGCCGAUAAUCUUUUCAACUUCAUCAUUGGCCCUUCCAGGAACUUUAGCACGCUUCACUGGUCUUAAUGUUUUGAAGAAUGCCGCUGUUUCUCUGGCCCCAGGAGGUCCUUUGUAUCUCCCAACAAAUGUGCUGCUUAUUGCAUUCUUUAACUACUAUUACACUUUCCUUCAGUUAGAUCCUGAUGAUGUUAGUGAACAGUUGAAGCGCCAGGGUGCUUCUAUUGCUUCAGUUCGUCCAGGGAAAAUGACAGCAGUGUUCAUAAAAACUGUACUUUCCCGCAUAUCUGUCCUAGGAUCUGCUUUUCUUGCAGUAAUGGCAGCAGGUCCAGCCGUUGUUGAGCAACUGACACAUUUGACUGCGUUUCGAGGGUUUGCUGGCACAUCAGUUCUCAUUCUUGUUGGCUGUGCUACAGAUACAGCUAGGAAGGUCCAGGCAGAAAUAAUAUCACAGAAGUACAAGAACAUAGAGUUCUAUGACAUUGAUAAUGAUAGUGAGAGUGGGUUCAGGUAAUUACAAUGUGAUAUUGGGGACAGUUCUUUAUGCCCUUAAUAUAUUUAGCCCCAAUAUUAUGGUUCCUGAACUUUUCUUGCACUUUACAUUAUUCCAAUGCAAGGGCCUUGGAUAGAAUUUUACAAAGGUUCAAGCCUUGUAAAUUUUAAACCCAUGCUCCAAAAGUGAGUUAUUUUGCACUCGAUAGGGUUUCACUUUGUAAGUUCCGAUAUAUAUCUCUCAGUUGGGAAGCAAGCCACAUGUAAAACUACUUGCGAGUUACUGGCCUCUUGAGUUCAGAAGCAUCCAUAAAGCUCCCAACGUUUGUCAUAGACAAACACCAAUUGAAGUUACAGGGGCUUUUGUGAGUACCAUUUAAAGGCAUGUGGACUUAACACAAUUCAUCUACAUUAGUUAUGAUGGUUAAUGUAUAAUACACCAAUAUAAGCAUGCCCACAAGCCUAAUGUAUUCGGGAUCAUUUGUAAAUUUAGCAUUAAAAAGGAAAGUGAAAAUUUAGAGUACAUCCUCAUUCCCUUGGAGAUAUUAUUUAUAGGAAAGAAGCUCUGUCGAAACAAUUCUUUGUAUUUGUCUAUUUCAACUUAAGCAAGUAUUUAAUUGAUAAUUUUGCAUGUUGAUGCAUUAAGGAUA